AUGAUUGGCCAGAAGCCUGGCACCCCGGACCUCCUGGUCUCCUCAGGAACGAAGGUCAUUGCUAUAUUCAUUAUCUUCAUCUUCUGCUGGAUAACCUCCACCCUCAGCAGCUUCCGGCAGUUCCAGAGGAUGGUCAAACACAUCACAGGGCGCAGUGCCUUCUUCUCCAAUUACAGAUACGGCUGCUACUGUGGGCUUGGAGACAGAGGGAUCCCUGUGGGCACCACAGACAGGAGCGGGACACUGCACAGGAGGAAAGAGGGAAUCAUGGAGUGUCCACUCAAAGGAGCAUGCCCUGGAGCUGAGGGCGUGGGCAUGCGGGGGCAAGUCUGGCUCAAAGAGCUUGAAGGCGAUGGAUGCCCCUGGGUGGCAGCUGCCUGUGAGUGUGACAAGCAGUCUGUGCACUGCUUCAAGGAGACGAACAUCUACGAGAAAGCUUUCGAGCAGGUCUUCCUCAGCAGGCCCCACUGUGGCAGACACAAACUCCGGUGCUAGCAAAGCCACUGUCCCUCUGUCACAUGGCACCUGCUCUAGUGGUAUGGCCCUUCUGGAAAGCUGCCUUGGACCAUCUCUGACAGCCCCCAGGCUCCUGCAUCUCGGCA